GUUAAAUGAUGACGUGGCUAACAGAAAGACACAGUCAGCACAUUUAAACAUUAAAAAACGACGACCCGACCCGCCAGCUCAGCCUUACCCGCCCAGUCAGCCAUUCUUGCCCAAACCUGCGAACCAACCCAAUUAAUUGACCCUAAACCCAAACCCGAGACCCAACCUCUCCUGAAAAGUAAAUCGCAGAUGGAUUAGGGCAUUUCCCUUCCUCCAUCUUCAUCCUCUCAUCCUCCCGCGCCGCCUCUCUCAUGUGCACACCAUCGAAAAUCGCCGUCGAAGAGAUGGAGGCUCCCUCCUCUGCUCAUCCCUCCCACCAAAACCCCCAAAAACCCAUCCCUAAAACCCUCCCUUUCGCCUCCAAUUCCAUCUCCUUAUCCACAUCCCAACAACAACAACCCUCCCACCACCGAAUCGCCCUCAUCAGCACCCCGGUCUACUUCGGCACCUGUGAGUUCGGCAAAUCGGUUCUCACCAAGCUCGACGACUUCCCUCCUCUGCUCAUCCCUCCCACUGUCGGCGCCAUGGGGAACAUCGUCUCCUCUGCAAUCAUGGUCCCUAAAGAGCUGAUCACUCAGCGGAUGCAGGCGGGGGCGAAGGGGAGAUCGUGGGAAGUGUGGAGCGCCGACGCCGUUUCUGAUCAGGGCGGCGGCCUCCAUCCCUUCGACGGCGAUUUUCGAUGGUGUGCACAGGAGAGAGGCGGCGCGAGAGGAUGAGAGGAUGAAGAUGGAGGAAGGGAAAUGUCCUAAUCCAUCUGCGAUUUACUUUUCAGGGGGGGUUGGGUCUCGGGUUUGUGUUUAGGGUCAAUUAAUUGGGUUGGUUCGCGGGUUUGGGCAAGAAUGGCUGACUGGGAGGGUAAGGCUUAGCUGGCGGGUCGGGUCGGGUCGUCGUUUUUUAAUGUUUAAAUGUGCUGACUGUGUCUUUCUGUUAGCCACGUCAUCACUUAACGGUCGUCAUUAACGGAGUUUAACGGAGGUUAACAUAGAGUGACCGAACUUGGACUGUUCAACUAAUUCGAGUGACAAUAAAUGGAAUAAAUCAAU